AUGAGCAGUGGCCCCCUUGUGCGUCAAGUACGUCAAUUUUGGGGUCACACAAAGGGCACUGAAUUAAAUUUAGGAUAUCCUGGUAUCGGAACAUUUCUGAAGUGUCCACUAUGUGACUCUUCCGUAUACACCUACUGCUCGAACAAGGUGGAACAUGAUGCUUGUUGUUGUUUUAUUCCAGGACAUCAGUUUCAUCCCACUCAAUGCACAAUCUACAACUGCUCGCUUUUGUACGCCAAGUCCUGCUUUGAACAUGCCCUAAUUAAGAAUUGCUGCUGUGAGAAUUCAUAUUAG